GUACUUCACUCCACCCAGUCCCGCUUGGCUCAUUUCUGUGUUAGGUGCACUUGAGCAGAUGUGGUGAACACCCCUCUCCUCCCUCACAGCUACGUCCCUGUUUUGGAUGGGGUACCAGUUGCGGUUCUCAGUUCACAAUUAUUUUGUACCGUUUUUACUUGCGACUGGAGUGUGUCCUCAACACGGGAUUAGGAGAACUGUGUUUAUUAAGUGCCAUUUUAUUUGUUAUUCGUCUGCAAGAACAUAACCAUGUCUAGUCAAGAACUUACAGAAAAAAGUUAUAAAACACUGGAGGAUGUUCAUGUCGUUACAGAGGAGCUCAAGAAUCUGUACUACAAGAGGCUACUGCCCAUAGAGAAACACUACAGCUUCCAUCAUCUUCACUCCCCUAGCUUUGAGGAUGCAGAUUUUGACAACAAACCAAUGAUUUUAGUCAUGGGUCAAUACUCAACUGGAAAAACUACUUUCAUCAAGUACCUCCUAGAGCAAGACUUCCCAGGAAGCAGAGUUGGACCAGAGCCUACUACUGACUGUUUCACUGCCAUUAUGCAUGGGGAAGUGGAAGGAAUAAUCCCAGGGAAUGCCUUAACAGUAGAUCCAAAAAAACCCUUUCGGAAACUCAACCCUUUUGGAAAUGCCUUCCUUAACAGAUUUCAAUGUGCCCAGCUGCCAAAUCAGAUCCUUGAAAGCAUCAGCAUUAUUGACACUCCAGGAAUCCUGACUGGGGCUAAAAAGAGAAUGAGUCGAGGUUAUGAUUUUCCAGCAGUGUUGCGCUGGUUUGCGGAACGUGUGGAUCGCAUCAUACUCUUGUUUGACGCUCACAAACUCGAGUUUUCCGAUGAGCUUACCCGUGCCUUCGGAGCGCUGCGUGGCAACGAGGACAAGCUGCGCGUUGUGCUGAACAAGGCAGACAGGGUUGACUCUCAGCAGCUGAUGCGGGUGUAUGGCGCCCUCAUGUGGUCGCUGGGGAGAGUGUUUCGUACCCCUGAGAUACUCAGAGUUUACAUCACCUCUCUCUGGUCAGAGCCACGCCUGUUGUCUGACCACUGCCAACUGCUUGAGGUGGAGGAAGAGGCUCUCUUGACAGACAUCAGGAACCUGCCUCGCAAUGCAGCCAUACGCAAACUCAAUGAUCUGGUGAAAAGGGCACGCUCUGUUAGGGCACAUGCACACAUCAUCAGCCACCUGAAGCAAGAAAUGCCUGCACUAUUUUGCAAAGACAGCAAGAAACAUAGCCUGAUCUAUGACCUCCCUCUUAUCUUCUCAAAGAUUCAGCAGCAUCAUCGGGUCCCUGCUGGUGACUUCCCUGACUGUGGCAAGAUGCAGGAAAAACUCAUGGGUCAAGAUUUUACAAAGUUCAAGACACUCAAAUCCAGCUAUAUGGCUUCCUUAGACAAGUUACUGUCCACUGACAUUGCAAAGCUGAUGCCCUUACUACAUCAGCAGGAGGUGAAGAAGGAGUGUCUUCCAGUGAUGAUGGAUAGUGACUUUUUGGAAACCUUCAAACCUGCCUACAAGAGAGAUCCAUUUGAGGACACAACUGAGAGUGGAGAAGGGAGCGUGGUGCAGGUAGAUGAGUGGGUGGUGGCUAGAGAUAAAACGAAAUAUGAUGAGAUAUUCUACAAUCUCUGUCCAAAUGAUGGGAAACUGAGCAGCACUAAGGCCAAAGAAUGGAUGGUUAGCAGCAACCUGCCACACGUUGUACUUGGCCAUAUCUGGAAGCUGUCAGAUGUAGACUGUGAUGGAAUGCUUGAUGAUGAGGAGUUUGCCUUGGCAAUCUAUCUCAUCGAGGGAAGGGUGGAGGGCCACAGGCUACCUCAAGAGCUGCCUGUACACCUGGUGCCACCCUCCAAACGCCUACACAAAAAACUGGAGCUGUAGUCACAGCUGUCCAGGCCCCUGUCUGAUACAUUCAUUUAGGAAAGUUUCGUCACAAAAGAAAAUACGGUCAACUUUACUUGGAUGAACAAACGUUUAUAUAUUGUUAACAAUUUGUAUUAAAUUUAGCAAAACGAUCAUUAUAGUUAUUCACUUAUUUAGCACAUUCACAAUUACAUUUUGUUAACAAAACAUAACAUGACACUUAGUCGACUUAGUUUAGAUUUUCAUUGACUGCCUCGGUAUCUUGAGUUCAGUGAGUAGUACGCAGUGAUACACGUUAUACAACAAGGAUUCCCGGACAUGCUGGUUAAAUCGUGAUAUAUGGAAAUACAAUCUUUUGACUUGUGGAAAUGAUGCCUCACGGUGACUUUUAUUUGAAUGUAUUUAAGCUGUUCAGCGUGUUCAUCUGAAUGUGUUUGUUCCCACAACGAGAUUGUUAUCACAUCAGUUGGUAACCGUAGUGAUCUCCCUGGGACAAACUAAGGAAUAACGACUGGGGAGACUCUGGAGAGCCUUCGCCAUGGAGAUUGUCAGGGUGCCACGGCAUCACAACGCGCACAUGUAUCGAAUUUAACCGCAGCUGCUCCCUUUGCGUCGACCAUAGGCGUAGACAGACAGAAACGUCACGUGAUGAACAACACAACGAAGAGAUCGAAUUAAUCAACCAAACCAUUAUGUUUAAAUUGAAGGGGUGGCCAAUAUCUGGCUUGUACGUUAUUAGACUAGUAUGAAAUGGUUAAGAUGUAAAAAUAAAUGUAUGUGUGCACAAUAAAAUUAACAAAUAUCCACUUGUAUACAUUAUUCGCGUAUAUG